CAGUAUUUAGGAUUAUCACGGCCAGCGCAGUUGAUUGAACGGCGCAGCAAUGUUCCGUCGGGUGAAGGCGUUCGACCAGGCGGCGCCGGCCAACUAUGUCGCCGGUCUCGGGCGCGGUGCGAUCGGCUUCACGACGCGGUCCGACAUCGGCCCCGCGCGGCCAGACGACCCCGUGGACAUGCUCGGCGCGAUGGGCCGCGGACGGGGCACGGCGCCGCCGCCACCGCCGGGCGGCCUCAUGAUGGGCGGCAUCCCCAUUGGCAUGCCUGGUGGCGGGCGUGGCUCUGGCACAGCUGGCGUCGGCGGCUUUGGCCGCGAGACGGACGAGAGCGGCGACCGCGGCGACUACAGCGAGACUAACUACGACGAGUUCUCGGGCUACACGGGCGCAGGCCUUUUCAACGACACGCCGUACGACCAGGACGACGCAGAGGCCGAUGAUAUUUAUGCCAAGAUCGACGAGCGCAUGGACUCGAAGCGGAAGCGCCGGCGCGAGAUGAAGCAGCUCGAGGACAUCAAGAAGGCGCGGCGCGAGCGCCCCAAGAUCUCGGACCAGUUUGCGGACCUCAAGACGACGCUCUCGACCGUGAGCGACGCCGAAUGGGAGGCAAUUCCCGACAUUGGCGACCACUCGCUGCGCUACAAGCAGCAGCGCCGCGCCGAGAUCUACACGCCGGUGCCCGACAGCCUCCUCGACGCGCGGGCGCAGACGACAAACACGGUCGUUGGCACGGACACGCCGAGCGGCCUCGCGUCGACGGUCGGCGGCAUGACGUCGUCGUUCACGGGCCUCGCCGAAGCGCGCGGCGCCGUGCUCUCGCUCAAGCUCGACAAGAUGUCCGACUCGAUCUCGGGCCAGACGGUCGUCGACCCGAAAGGGUACCUCACGGACCUCAACAGUCUCAAGAUCACGAGCGACGCCGAGGUCGGCGACAUCAAGAAGGCGCGUCUCCUCAUGCGCAGUGUGACGCUCACCAACCCCAAGCACGCGCCGGGCUGGAUCGCGGCCGCGCGCCUCGAAGAAGUCGCGGGGAAGCUCGUCCAAGCGCGCAGCCUCAUCGCGUCGGGCUGCGAAGCGUGUCCGACAAGCGAGGACGUGUGGCUCGAAGCCGCGCGCCUACAGACGCCUGAGAACGCCAAGAAGAUCCUCGCGACCGCCGUCCGCCACGUCCCGACCAGCACCAAGGUGUGGCUCGCGGCCGCCAAGCUCGAAGGCUCGGACGACGCGACAAAGCUCGUGCUCCGGCGCGCGCUCGAGUUCAUUCCGGGCGCGGUCGCGAUCUGGAAAGCCGUGAUCGAGCUCGAAGACGCGGACGGCGCGCGGCUCAUGCUCGGCCGCGCGGUCGAGUGCGUGCCCGAGUCGGUCGACAUGUGGCUCGCGCUCGCACGCCUCGAAACGUACGACCAUGCGAAGCGGACGCUCAACCGCGCGCGCACGACGAUCCCGACCGACCCGACGAUCUGGAUUGCGGCCGCCAAGCUCGAAGAGGCCAACGGGAAAGGCGCCAACGUCGACAAGAUCAUCCAGGCCGCGCUGCGAUCGCUCUCACGCAACGACGUGGUCAUUGACCGCAACACGUGGCUCCAGGAAGCGGAAGCAUGCGAGCUCGCGGGCGCACCGUUGACAUGCGCUGCGCUCGUCCGCCAAACGCUCAACUUGGGCGUCGAAGACGAGGACCGGAAGCGCACGUGGAUGGACGACGCCGAGACGUUCACCGCCCGCAGUGCGUUUGCGACGGCCAAGGCCAUUUACGCGCACGCGCUCGAGACGUUUCCGGCCAAAAAGUCGAUUUGGCUCCGCGCGGUCGCGCUUGAGAAGCAAAUCAACACGCCAGCGUCCAAAGCCCACGCGAUGGAGCUCCUCGUCGCGUCGAUCGCCGCGUGCCCGCACUGCGAGCUGCUCUGGCUCAUGGCGGCGAAAGAAGCGUGGCUCCAAGGCAGCGUCGAGGACGCGCGCUCGAUUCUGCGCAGAGCGUUCAGCGCCAACCCCAACAGCGAAGAGAUCUGGCUCGCAGCCGUCAAGCUCGAGUGGGAAAACAACGAGAUUGCGCGCGCACGGGCCCUUCUGGCGAAGGCGCGGUCGGUCGCGCCCACGGCCCGCGUCUGGAUGAAGUCGGUGCUCCUCGAGCGCGAAACAGAGCGCGGCGCGGCCGAAGAGGACCUUCUCAAGUCGGGCAUGGCCAACUACAAGAGCUUUGAUAAGCUCUACAUGAUGGCCGGCCAGUUUUACGAAGACCACGAGCAGUGGGAGGCGGCGCGCCAGGCGUACCGCGACGGGAUCGCCGCGUGUCCCAAGUCGGUGCCGCUCUGGCGCCUCUCGAGCCGCCUCGAAGAAAAGCUCCAGGGCGCGACAAAGGCCCGAUCGGUGCUCGAGGUGGCGCGCCUCCGCAACCCGAAGAACGACCUCCUCUGGCUCGAAGCCAUUCGCCUUGAGGGCCGGCACGCCAACGUCAAGGGCCAGGAAAACCUCCUCGCCAAGGCGCUUCAGGACUGCCCGGACUCGGGGCUCUUGCUGGCCGCGUCGAUCGACAUGGCGCCGCGGACGCAGAAGAAGCGCGUGUCCCUCGAGGCGCUCAAGAAGAAGGACAACGACCCGUCCGUGUGUCUCUCGGUCGCCAAACUCUUUUGGCACGAGCGCAAGAUCACCAAGGCGCGCAAGUGGCUCGAGCGCACGGUGCAGCUGAACCCCGACUUUGGCGACGGCUGGGCCACGUACUAUGCGUUUGAGCUCAAGGACGGCAACGAGAGCCAACGAAGCAGCGUGCUCGAGCGCUGCGUGCAGGCAGAGCCGCGCCACGGCGAGCUCUGGUGCGCGAUCUCCAAGCAAACAGCCUAUCGCAAGAAGCCGACGCGCGAGUUGCUCAAGCUUGUCGUCGCGUCGCUGCCCGUGCUGCAGCAGGAUGCGUAAUGGACUCAAGCACACAUACACAAGUUCUCCGUCGA